GAUAGCAUCAUUGAAGAGUUGUGCUUAUGAACACGGUGCUACCACUACAACAAAAAGCAUGUUUAGCGGCAAUAAAAACUGCCAACCACAAUUUGGCUGUUGUAUGGAGUCGGUAAAAGGUUUCACGGCAAUUGUACCGGGUGUUAUUUCCGGGUUUCCUUAUUGCCACAAAAAGUGUUGUUGGAGCGAGUUCUUUGGCAGCAAAUUACUUGUGGCAUUCAUUUAGAAAAAAAAUGUUAUUUCAAUUUCCCGUUCCCAAUUUUCAUAUCCGAUCCCUCACUCUCGUUUCUCCCUCUCACUCUCUCUCGGUUUGAACCCUAGAUCCACCCUUGAUUUCAACCCUGUUUCCACUCUCGAUUUCAACCCUAAAAUCCCCUCUCGAUUCUCUUCCUGAUUCCUCAAUCUCCAGUGUUUUCACGGGAAAACGUUCGAACUCAGCUCCACUUUUUCGGCGCCGCAGCUGCACUCGUUUUCUCAUCAAUUUAUUUUGUUUGAUUCAAUUAGCUACUGCAAAGAGUGGUGUUGGUGUGGCUUCAAUGGGAGUGAUGAGACCGGAGCUGGUGAUGAAGUCUAUUGUCCCUGUUGUUAUGGCUAGAGUUUUGGGUAUUUAUGGACUUAUUAUUGCUGUUAUUAUCAGUACUGGAAUUAACCCUAAGGUCAAAUCUUACUACCUCUUUGAUGGUUAUGCGCAUCUCUCCUCUGGUCUUGCCUGCGGGCUUGCUGGGCUCUCUGCCGGCAUGGUGAUGCUGGUGUCAGCAUUUUAGGAUGAUGCUGGAGAUGAGAUCAAGGAAACAUCUAAGCAACAAUCAGGCGAUGGGGAACAAACAAUCCUGAAAAUAGCCGGCUUGAUAAGAACUAGAUAGAUGAGAGACAUAAUUUAGGUAAGGUAUCUCAAUGCCUAUCUUUACAAUCAUGUGCUUGUACUGAUGAAAGACAUGCCUCCUACAUUUUUCUUGCCGUAGAUUGACAAUUUUAAGUUUGACCAUAUUUGUGUAGAGGACUUUGAUAUCAUGACCUGUACUCUUACUGAUUUUUGUAUUUAAUUAGUGAUUAUACC